CGCCAGUCACUAACUCGCCUGGGCUGGGCGCCGCCGCCCCGUCCCGCCACCACAGGCAGCCGGGCUAACCCGGGAGGAGAAAUCUGGGCGCCUCCCCUGUCACCUCUGCACGUGUCCGGGCUGGGGGCUUCCUCUGCGGGGCUGGGAGCAGCCCCCGGGCCGGGCUUCGCCGGCAGCAGCUCCUGGCCGGAGACCCAGGGAGUUUCGCAAGGGAGUUCUCCAGGUGAAGGAGGAGCAAAUACAGCAUCUGUGGGGCUGCAGAAUAACAUCCACAUUUUGCUCGGGAUCGUCCCAUCCUCCUAGGGGAAAGGAAAUGGCGUCAGUGGAGCCUCCUCAGGGGGCGGUGACCUUCGAGGAGCUGGCUGUGUACUUCACGGAGGGGGAAUGGGCUCUGCUAAACCCUGCUCAGAGAGCCCUCUACAGGGAGGUGACGCAGGAGAACUAUGCCACUGUGGCCUCACUGGGGUUUCCAGUUUCGAAACCUGAUGUGAUCUCUCAGCUGGAACGUGGGGAAGAGCCAUGGGUCCCAGAUCUCCAGGGCUCUGAGGAAAGGGAGCUCCAGAAAGGUGCUCAGAUAGGUGAGGCAUCCAUUAAACCAACUCAGAAACUGGAACCACGCAGGACAUUAGCAGGAAGAUGCAAAGAGAAAGUUUCUGGGCACUGUGGAGAGGCAAAAACCUGUCAGAAUCAGCAUAGGCCAGAGAAAAGCUUCAGUAGUGGCUCAGACCUUAUUCAACAUGAAAGAAUUAAUAUGGGAAAGAGACUUUACACGUGCUCUGAGUGUGGGAAAAGCUUUAGUCAGAGCUCAACCCUCAUCACACAUUACAGAGUUCACACUGGAGAGAGGCCGUACACAUGCCAUGAAUGUGGGAAAAGCUUCAGUCACGGUUCAGCCCUUAUCACACAUCAGAGAAUCCACACUGGAGAGAUGCCUUACACGUGCCCUGAAUGUGGAAAAAGCUUCAAGCACAGUUCAAAUCUCACCACACAUCGGAGAAUCCACACAGGAGAGACACUCUACACAUGCUCUGAGUGUGGGAGAAAUUUCUGUCGGCGUUCAGCCCUUAUCACACAUCAGAGAAUCCACACAGGAGAGAAACCCUACACAUGCUCUGAGUGUGGGAAAAGCUUCAACCAGAGCUCAAACCUGAUCACACAUUUGAGAAUCCACACAGGAGAGAAGCCCUACACAUGCUCUGAGUGUGGGAAAAGCUUCUGUCGAAGCUCAAACCUCAUCACACAUCAGAGAAUCCAUGUAGGGAAGACACUCUGCUCAUGCUCCGAGUGUGGGAAAAGCUUCAGUUGGAGCUCAGCCCUUAUUAGUCAUCAACGAAUCCACAGAGGAGUGACAAACUACACCUGCCCUGAGUGUGGGAAAAGCUUCAACCGGAGCUCACAGCUCAUCACACAUCGGAGAAUCCACACAGGAGAGAAGCCCUACACAUGCUCUGAGUGUGGGAAAAGCUUCAGUCGGAACUCAAACCUGAUCACACAUCAGAGAGUCCACACUGGAGAGACACCUUACACAUGCUCUGAGUGUGGGAAAAGCUUCAGUCGGAACUCAAACCUGAUCACACAUCAGAGACUCCACACAGGAGAGAGACCCUUCACGUGCCCUGAGUGCGGGAAGAGUUUUAGUCGGAGCUCAACUUUUAUCAAACAUAAGAAAAUCCAUAUAGGGUUUCCAGUUUCGAAACCUGAUGUGAUCUCUCAGCUGGAACGUGGGGAAGAGCCAUGGGUCCCAGAUCUCCAGGGCUCUGAGGAAAGGGAGCUCCAGAAAGGUGCUCAGAUAGGUGAGGCAUCCAUUAAACCAACUCAGAAACUGGAACCACGCAGGACAUUAGCAGGAAGAUGCGAAGAGAAAGUUUCUGGGCACUGUGGAGAGGCAAAAGCCUGUCAGAAUCAGCAUAGGCCAGAGAAAAGCUUCAGUAGUGGCUCAGACCUUAUUCAACAUGAAAGAAUUAAUAUGGGAAAGAGACCUUACACGUGCUCUGAGUGUGGGAAAAGCUUUAGUCAGAGCUCAACCCUCAUCACACAUUACAGAGUUCACACUGGAGAGAGGCCGUACACAUACCCUGAACAUAGGAAAAGCUUCAGUCACGGCUCAGCCCUUAUCACACAUCAGAGAAUCCACACUGGAGAGAUGCCUUACACGUGCCCUGAAUGUGGAAAAAGCUUCAAUCACAGUUCAAAUCUCAUCAAACAUCGGAGAAUCCACACAGGAGAGACACUCUACACAUGCUCUGAGUGUGGGAAAAGCUUCAGUCGGAACUCAAACCUGAUCACACAUCAGAGAGUCCACACUGGAGAGACACCUUACACAUGCUCUGAGUGUGGGAGAAAUUUCUGUUGGCAUUCAACCCUUAUCACACAUCAGAGAAUCCACACAGGAGAGAAACCCUACACCUGCCCUGAGUGUGGGAAAAGCUUCAGCCAGAGCUCAAACCUGAUCACACAUCGGAGAAUCCACACAGGAGAGAAGCCCUACACAUGCUCUGAGUGUGGGAAAAGCUUCAGUCGGAACUCAAACCUGAUCACACAUCAGAGAGUCCACACUGGAAAGACACCUUACACAUGCUCUGAGUGUGGGAAAAGCUUCAGUCGGAACUCAAACCUGAUCACACAUCAGAGACGCCACACAGGAGAGAGACCCUUCACGUGCCCUGAGUGCGGGAAGAGUUUUAGACAGAGCUCAACUUUUAUCAAACAUAAGAAAAUCCAUAUAGGCAAGUAAUGCCAUAAAUGCCUUGACCAGGGCUGGCAUUCAGUGUGGUGUCUCAGUUCCUUGUGAGCUGCCUGCCUCUAUUUUGCACCUCCCCUUUCUUUGGGGGUGAUUUUCAUGAUCCUUUAUAUCAAGUCCUUUGUCUUUGGGAGUGUCCUGCUCCUGCCAGAAAUAUCCAUCAGCGCCAGCUGAGGGUGAUAGAGUUGACCUUGAUUAGCUGCACU